AUGCUCAAAUAUUAUCCAAAUUAUUAUUCACAAUUGAGUGAUGAAUUUAAGAAUGAAAAGGAAUUUAAAGCAAUUGCAAUGGAAAAUUUAAAAUGCAAUUUGAAAUAUUUUAAUGUGGAAAAUAAUGACGAUGAAUUUGUAAUGGCACUUUCUGGUAAUUUUAAAAGAAAUAUUAAAAUAUUGAAAAGUAAAUAUGGAAAGGAAAAUAUUAAGGAAAGAAUUAAACGAAUUUUCCAACAAGAAAAUGGAAGAAUUCGUAAAGAAUGGUUAAAUUGGCCACGUGUCUAUGAUUUAUAUCAAUUCCAUCUUUGUUAUUUAUAUACUGAUAUGGAACAUGUAUUUACCAUUCAAGAUCAAAUUGAAAUGAUUGAUCAUGGAACACCUGCAAUUGUUAAGAAAAUUGCCAUAACCAAUGAUGAAAGAAUUUUAGAAAGAAUUCGAAUGAAGAAUUUAUUGGACAUUUGGUUUUCAACCAAUUCAACUAGUUUCAUGGUAGUAACAUUUAGAUAUUGUUUGAGUUAUAAAUCACAUCAAGCUGUUUAUAGAGCUUUGGAUAGAACUUUUAUUACAUUACAAAAAUCUGAUCAAUUUUUAUCAAAGGUUUUACAAGUGGUUCCUAAAUUUGUAAAGGUAUUUUUCACAGUUAGAAAAUCAUAUUAUUAUGAUACACGUACUGUUAUUGAUUUCCCAUUUGAAUUAAUUAGAGAACUUGCAUUGGAAAAUCAAGAAUUGUACAUUAUUUACCUAGAAAUAUUCAAAAGAGAUUGA